AUGGCUGGCUGCCUCGCGAAGGUAAGAUUCAAUAGCCAACCCCUAGGCGGCUUGCUCAAGAAGACAGCUCUUAAUCCGGCGUUUACCCUUCUCUUCAUUCUCCUCGCUCGAUAUACCAAGAAAGGCUCAGACUUAGCUAUCCUCCAUGAGACUGCGUUCUCCCGCCUUCGAAAGCUUUUCUAUUUUGGGCUGGUACGAUGGGCUUCUGGAUAUCUCGACACGGGUGUGCUGGACAAUUGGACGAGUGGAGACUUUGACUGGACCAAGGAGAUUGUAUUAAUUACUGGUGGUGCGGGAGGAAUCGGUGGAGAGGUUGUGAAGCUGUUUGCGGAGCGAAAGAUCAAGGUUGUGGUGCUAGAUGUCAUUCCUAUGACAUUUGAGACUCCCGAGGGCGUCUAUUACUACAAAUGUGAUAUCACUUCCCCCUCAACCAUCGCCUCAGUCGCCUCCGAAAUCCGCAAAGACGUCGGCGAACCAACUAUCUUAAUCAACAACGCCGGCGUCUGCCGCGGAAAAAACAUCCUCGACGCCACCGAGAAAGACGUCCGCUUCACAUUCGACGUCAAUACUCUCGCGCACUACUGGAUGGCAAAGGAAUUCGUCCCGUCAAUGGCCAAAAAGAACCACGGCAUGGUCGUCACAGUCGCUUCCUUCGCAGCCUUCGUCACAGUCCCCAACAUGGUCGACUACGGCGCCUCCAAAGCAGCCGCACACUCCUUCCACGAGGGUCUCACAGCCGAACUCAAAACCACCUACAAAGCACCUAAAGUCCGCACCAUAGUCAUCAACCAAGGCUACACCAAGACCCCGCUUUUCCAGGGCUACAAUAAUGAUUCCCCGUUCCUGGUCCCCACCAUGGAGGUUGAGACUGUUGCGGAGGCGAUCGUGAAGAAAGUGUUGAGUGGCCAUAGCGGACAGGUUAUUGUCCCAGGCUUUGGGACGACGCUUACGAUUUUGAGGGGCAUGCCGCAUUGGUAUCAGGAUCGGAUUAGGAGUAAGGGCGCGAAUAUUAUGCCGAAUUGGAGGGGGAGACAGGUGUUGGAUCCUAAUGAGAUAAAGGAGAAGGAGGAAAGCCAGGGGAAAGAAACUGAAUCGACGGUCUUAGUACCGCCUCAUGAGGAUACUUAG